GGCAUGGCGCCCGGAACUCCCUGCUGCUGGGACCCGCUCUCUGGCCCGGCCGGGUGGGGGGCGGAGCCCGGCCUGCAGCUGAGAGGGCCGCAGCGGUGGGAGGUGGAGUCUCCGUCCGGAAGCUGGCGAUUUGCGCCAUGGCGGUGCCGGGCCGCGGCUUUUCCCUGCUUUGCUGUCGCCUGGGCCGCGUGUUGACGCUCGGCGGGAGCGUUGUGCUGCCCUUGGGGGUGCCGGGAGCAGCCGGUUGCGCGCUCCGGGGUUUUCGGAGCAGCGGCGUGAGACAUGAUGCUGUUAUUAUCUCAGGAACUGAAAUGGCCAAACAAAUCCAGAAAGAAAUACAGAGAGGUGUGGAAUCAUGGAUUUCCCUUGGGAACAGAAGACCCCACCUCAGUAUCAUUUUGGUAGGUGAUAACCCAGCCAGCCACACGUACGUCAGGAAGAAGAUCAGAGCCGCGUCUGCUGUAGGUAUCUGUAGUGAGAUCAUUUUAAAACCGAAGGAUGUGUCUCAGGAAGAACUUCUGGAUAUCACCGAUCAGUUGAAUAUGGACCCACGAGUCAGCGGCAUACUGGUGCAGUUACCGCUGCCAGACCAUGUGGACGAGCGAACAGUAUGCAAUGGAAUUGCCCCUGAAAAAGAUGUAGAUGGAUUUCAUGUUAUCAAUAUUGGAAGACUGUGCCUUGAUCAGCAUUCGCUCAUUCCUGCUACUGCCAGCGCUGUUUGGGAAAUAAUCAAAAGAACAGGGAUUGAAACAUUUGGGAAAAAUGUGGUUGUAGCUGGAAGAUCCAAGAAUGUAGGGAUGCCCAUUGCCAUGCUUUUACACACUGACGGAGAGCACGAGCGGCCGGGAGGUGAUGCAACCGUGACAAUAGCUCACAGAUACACUCCCAAAGAACAACUGAAGAUCCAUACGCAGCUAGCAGAUGUUAUCAUAGUAGCUGCUGGUAUUCCAAAGUUGAUUACAUCUGAUAUGAUUAAGGAAGGUGCUGCUGUAAUUGAUGUUGGUAUCAACUAUGUCCAUGACCCAGUGACAGGAAAGACAAAACUAGUUGGAGAUGUGGACUUUGAAGCUGUUAAGAAAAAGGCUGGCUAUAUCACUCCAGUUCCAGGAGGCGUCGGGCCCGUGACGGUGGCCAUGCUUCUGAGGAACACCCUUCUAGCAGCUAGAAAACUCAUCUACUAACUCACAGGAAAGAAUAAGACAAAAUGAAGUCAUGCUACUUAUUUAUUUGACGAAGGAUGUAAACACCUUUAUAUUUGACUACAAAGCUAUUUAUUUCUACAUCGUAUUUAUUUUUUCAUGGAGGGAAUCACUGUGGAUCAGAGGACCCAUACACCUUUCCACGUUUCCUGCGAACAGAUUUUGAGUUUUAGGAUAAAACAAAAAACAAUUCCAAUGAAAACUUUGGUAACAACGGUUUAUUUUGUGAAUGAUAUUUGUUCAUAAUAUUAAACAAUAAAGGGCUCAUAAUACAUUAAUAUAUUUUUGACACAAAUAUGGCACAUAGUAUGUUUUCAACAAAUGUUUUGUCAGCCAAAUGGGUGCCCUUGUAAAAUAUAAUUUAAGUUUGAACAUAAGCAUACUCAGUUUUUAUAUAUUUUAUGUGUCUUGUAUGCUGAAAAAGAGCUUACUUGUAAAAGAAAGAUAAAACAUUAAAAAUAAAAUCUUGAGCUCAUAUACCUCAGAAAUGGAUCCUUUGAGGUAUCUUAAUGAGAAAUGACACUAUUCAAGGAAAGAAAAAUAAACAAAGAAAGCAAAAAACCCAGUGUUAUCUAGAAAGGCAAUGAUCAGGGGCGCCUG